CAUCAACCGCCAGAACAUCAAAGAAAGAAAACAAACACCACAAAACUAAAGAAAACCCCAUAUAUAUGGCUUCCUUGCAAGCUUCAAGUCUCCUCUCUUCCUCCUCCUCAAGGAUUUCUUCAUCAAAAAGAAUAAUAAAUGCUGCAAUUUCUGUCCCUAAGCUUCCAAGAAUCCGUUUCCCAGUUCCAAAAACUCCAUCAUCAGACUUGGUUAAGGAUCUGAUUUUAAGAGAUGGGUUCACAAACACGAUCCCAAUAGAAAAAAGUGCGACCACCCCAACAAUAAUAGAUGAGCUACCUAUUGCCAAUUCCUCUACAUCUAAAGCAACAGCCAAGCUUUAUGCAAUCUUAGAAGCCGUAGCUGAUAGAGUGGAGAUGCAUAAGAAUGUGGGCGAGCAACGUGAUAAUUGGAACAAACUUCUUUUGAACUCCAUUAACAUGAUCACCCUCACAGCUGUAACCAUGGCUGGCGUUGCUGCAACUGGUGGGGCAGGAGCUCCUCUUUUUGCAUUGAAGCUAUCGUCAACUCUUCUAUUUACGGCAGCUACGGGGAUGUUAUUUGUCAUGAACAAACUCCAACCCUCGCAGCUUGCAGAAGAGCAACGUAAUGCUACAAAAUUGUUUAGGCAGCUUUAUAGCCAAUUACAAACUACACUUGCUCUUUAUGAUCCUACAGAUUUGGACGUGAAAGAUGCAAUGGACAAGGUUUUGGCUCUUGACAAAGCUUACCCUCUUCCUUUGUUGGGGAAAAUGAUUGAGAAGUUUCCUGGAAAAUUUGAGCCUGCUGUUUGGUGGCCUAAAUCUCAUGACUGCCAAAGAAAAAGCAAAAGAAAUGGAAAGAAUGGAUGGAGUGAGGAGCUGGAAGUGGAGAUGAGGGAGAUUAUUGAAGUGAUAAAAGCUAAAGAUUCUGAAGAUUACAUGAGGCUGGGCAAUUUAGCAUUGAAGUUAAACAAGAUUUUAGCCAUCUCAGGUCCAUUGCUCACAGGCAUUGCAGCUGCUGGAUCUGCAUUUGUAGGUAACGGUUCUUGGGGAGCAAUAGUUGCAGCGGCUGCAGGUGCAUUAGCUACAGCAGUUAAUACAUUUGAGCAUGCUGGCCAGGUUGGUAUGGUGGUUGAAAUGUAUAGAAACUCUGCUGGAUUCUUUGCACUUAUGGAGGAAUCAAUCGAGUCCACCCUUGAAGAAACAGAUAUGGAGAGAAGAGAAGAUGGAGAAAUGUUUGAAAUGAAGAUGGCAUUACAGCUGGGAAGAAGCAUGUCAGAGCUUAGAGAUCUUGCCCGAAAAUCCUCUUAUUCUAAUAUAGAAGGAACCACCAUAGAUGAAUUUGCUAGCAAGCUUUUUUGAAUACUAGAAUAUUUCUUUUUGUCCAUAAGUACUGAUCCUCAUUGGUUCAUUCUUUUUCUCGACAAAUUCUUUUUGUCCAUCAUGUGACAUAUAAAAUGUAAUUAAGAUCAAUAUACAAGUUUUUUGUUCA